UAAAUAUCUGUCCAUUUAUUUUCCUUUCCCAAUUUUUCAUUUCAGUAUUGGCUUCACUUCGUCGUUCCACUUUCCACUCUCUCUGAAAGUUCACCGGCCACACAAAAUCAGAACCAUUUCUCCCGCUCGAUUUCCCGGUAAAUUAGAAGAAUGGUUGACGUCGAACGGAGGAUGACCGGUUUAAACCCGGCGCACGUAGCCGGCCUCCGUCGUCUCUCGGCCAGAGCCGCCGCCUCCACCCCUUCCACACCUCUUCCGCCGCGUGAUAGCCUCCUCUCCUUUUCUUCCCUUGCAGAUAAAGUCAUUACUCAUCUAAAGAACUCGGGAAUACAAGUCCAACCAGGAUUAUCCGAGUCCGAGUUCGCAUUGGCCGAGGCGGAGUUUGGCUUUACCUUUCCGCCGGACCUGAAAGCUGUUCUCUCAGCCGGAUUUCCCCUCGGCGCCGGUUUCCCUGACUGGCGCUCCUCUCGUUCCGCUCGGCAUCACCUCCGCUCCGCCAUUGAUCUUCCUAUCGCCUCCAUUUCCUUUCACAUAGCUCGGAACUCCUUCUGGUCCAAGUCAUGGGGAACCAGACCAUCUGACCCGGAAAAGGCCCUGAAAAUAGCCCGAAACGCACUUAAAAGGGUCCCUCUUUUGAUACCCGUUUUCAACCAUCGUUACAUUCCUUGCAAUCCUUGUCUAGCAGGAAACCCCAUAUUCUACGUCGAUGAAAACAGGAUUUUCUUAUGUGGAUUCGACUUAUCAGACUUCUUUGAUCGUGAAUCUUCUCUAUUUCGAAGCCCUAAUCAGAAUUUACUCUCCAAGCAGCUCUCUAUAAGUGAAAAAUCAGGCAGAUCAUCGACGAAUUCUUCGAGAAGAAGUCUAGACACUGUCUCCGUUACAAGAACGCCACGGUGGGUGGAGUUCUGGAGCGACGCCGCUAUCAAUCGCCGCCGGCUGGAUACAAUACGAGAUAAAUGA